UCAAUUUAGCAUCUCUAGGAAAAAAUGUGUGGCUUGGCUUGUGGGGUCUCCACUGCCGUACUUGGGGCAGCGCUCCUCCUUGGCUCUACUAUAGUAGGUUAUGGACUUGUGGAUGGUAUUAUAAGCGGCAUUAUCUCAAAUGAGAUUGCCCUGGCUGACGGGUCACUAAACCUACAAAGAUUUACAGAAAUUCCAUUCGCCAUGAACUUUACUAUAAGAGCUUUCAACCUUACAAACCCGGACGAGGUGCUCAACGGAGCUAUUCCUGUUGUAGAGGAAAUAGGACCUUAUAUAUACAAGUUAUAUCAAAUCCGGGAACUGCUGGACUCUGAUGAGGAGACGCUUACGUAUAGGAUCAGAGACCGGUUCGAGUUUGACACCGAGGGCUCAUUCCCGCACACCGAGGACGAUAUCAUUACGACCGCCAAUGUAGCCUAUAAUGCUGUACUACACGUCGUUGAAGUGGAGUAUCCAGAGCUAUUGGGCUUGAUGAGUCUAGCGCUGAACGGUGUGUUCGGCGGGCUGAACACGCCGGUGGCGUCUAUGCGCAUCGGCUCGCUGUUCCUGGACGGGCUGUCCAUGUGCACCAACCCGGGGCUGGUGGGAGGCGUGGCCUGCAGCCAGAUCCGCAGCCUCGCCGGGGAGAACCGCAACAUGGACGUCCAACCUGACGGCUCGGUCACCUUCUCACUCUUCAACUACAAAAAUACCAUACCGUCAGCAAACUUCAAAGUGUAUCGCGGGAUCGACGAUGCCCGUGACGUGGGCCGCAUCAUCACUUACGACAACAGCUACCGUCUCCGGCUGUGGCCCGAGGGAGAUGACGGCUCUCUUGAUGAACACGAGCCUAACGCAUGCAAUACGCUCCGGGGGACUGACGCCGGAAUAUUUCCGCCCUUCUUGGAAAAAGACCGCCCGGUUUAUGCCUUCAACCCUGAUAUUUGUAGGUCCGUGGAGAUUCGCUACGAGUCCUCGUUCACAUACCGCGGCGUGCCGGUGUGGCGAUACGGGGCCAACGAGUGGUUCCUGGACAACCACGAGGGCUGCUACUGCCUGAACCUCACGCGCGGCAUCACCGGCCCCGACGGCUGCUUGCUCACGGGCGCCCAGGAGCUUUACUCUUGCGUCGGUGGGUUCUUGGUAUUAACCAAUCCGCACUUCUUAUUCGCCGAUCCGAUAUAUCGGAACGGUGUUAUUGGCAUGACACCCGACGAGGGAAUACAUAAAAUAUGGAUGGACUUAGAGCCUAACACCGGUAUUGUAAUAAGAGGAGCAGCGAGAGUCCAGUUCAACAUGUUCUUGCGGCCCAUACCACAGAUGAGCGCCACGAGCAACUUGCCAAAUGUUUUACUACCACUCUUUUGGCUGGAGAACGGUAUGGAAUUGCCAGAAGAAUUCGUGGACGAGGUGAAAGAAAAGUUGCUGAUCCCACUUCAACUGGUGGAUAUUCUAGUCCCGAUCCUAGUGGCUACAAGCUGCGUGCUGCUACUGGUCGGCGGUGUGGUUGCUACGCGAGCAAGACUCAAUAGAUCCGCAACGAUAAACACUAAAUAACAAUUGCCGUAGACUCGUACAAUAU